AGAACAGGAAAAGCUUCUUAAGAAGACCUCGACAUAAGUACUUUUUUUCUCCUCCUUCCUCAAGCUCGAAACCAACAGGUCUCCCUGCCGCCUUCACAUGCUCAACACCCCUUCUAAACCUCCAAAUAGAAAAAAUUAUUUUAGUUAAAUUCCCAUCUCGGUCUCUGUCAAAUUUGCAAAUUCUCUAUCUGCUUUUGUUCCCUGAAAAACCCCAAAAUUCUAUUUUUGAGAAUUAAAUCUUUUACAUUUAUCAAUUUUUGCUAGGACUGACAGCAAUUGAAAGAAUUUUUAUGAUUAGUUGGUUGGAAUGGUGAAUAAUUUGGAGGAAGGCGGAAAGAAUCCAUCAGAAGUUUCUAGAAGGUCAUGGGGGCCCACUACUACUGUUUCGGGUCAAUCGGUUUCAACCAGUGGCAGUGUCGGGUCUCCAUCGGCCGUGGCAACUCCUGGGAGUGAGAACACUUUCGUUAGGCUAAACAACCUUGAUAUUCAUGCUGAUGAUGCUGCAUCUCAAGGGGCUGCUGCUAACAGGAAAAAGAAAAGAGGUCAGCGUGCAACAGGAGGGGAUAAGAGUGGUAGAGGACUCAGACAGUUUAGCAUGAAAGUUUGUGAGAAGGUGGAAAGCAAAGGAAGAACUACUUAUAAUGAGGUUGCAGAUGAACUUGUAGCUGAGUUUUCUGAUCCUACCAAUGGUCAUGAAUCUUCAGAUCAGCGACAAUAUGAUGAGAAAAACAUCAGACGACGAGUCUAUGAUGCUCUGAACGUACUUAUGGCUAUGGAUAUCAUUUCCAAAGAUAAAAAGGAAAUACAGUGGAAGGGUUUACCACGAACUGAUGCAAAUGAUAUUGAGGAGCUAAAGGCCGAGCGUCUUAGCUUGAGAAAUAGGAUUGAAAAGAAAGCAGCCUAUUUAGAAGAACUAGAAGAACAAUAUGUAGGGCUUCAAAACCUCAUAAAACGCAAUAAGCAGUUAUAUGGCUCAGGCAAUGCUCCUAGUGGUGGUGUGGCUUUACCAUUUAUUCUAGUGCAGACUCGUCCUCAUGCUACAGUCGAAGUGGAAAUAUCAGAAGAUAUGCAGCUAGUGCAUUUCGACUUCAACAGCACACCAUUCGAGCUGCAUGAUGAUAAUUAUGUCCUCAAAGCGAUGAAAUUUUGCGGAAGGCAAAAGACUGAUGUUGUUGCGCAGAAUAUAUCUGCUGAUGGAGCUGAAGGUUCCAGUUCCAGUUUGGCCAACAUGUUCCAGCAUCAAAUCUCUCAUACAUCAGUGUCAAACACACCCGGUAGGCGUCCAACUCCAACCUCACCUCCUCUCCCUGGAAUACUAAAGGCCCGCAUCAAGCAUGAGCAUUAGUCUGCUGGCUUCUUUCUUGAUCAAUUACUAAACUCAUUAUCUCAUCAUACCUGUAUAUUAAGUAGUAGAAUUUAUUAACUGGAAGCAUGCUCCUCCGUCCACUGAUACUUCUGUAGCUCUUUGUGUUCUUAUCUGGAGAGCAGUAUUAGUAUUAGAUUUUUGUUUUUUGCUUUGUUAACAUUUAGUGGAUCUCCAGUUAUGAUGACUUCUUUGGUAUCUGUUAUUUGCUUUAUCAAAUUAAUUUCUUUUCUA